GGGCCGGUCUGUUGGUUUAUAAAACGGCAGCGCGCACAGCGUCCUUCUCAGUUGGGAGAUUUUUUUUCUAUUUUGGUUACUCAGGCAGAGUAUGGACAUUCUCAGGACUAUCGCUCAUCAACCUGUAAGCAACAACAAAAUGUGCGAGCACACACAUAACAAACCGACUGAGACGAGACGUGGGAAGCUGGAGGACAGCGCGCACGCGACGCAGGAAAUGUCGCGGAUCAUCUCUGACUCCACGACAGGGAAAUGCUACUGCAGAGGAAAAGUUCUCGGCAAGGGUGGCUUUGCCAAAUGUUAUGAAUUUACAGAUCUGGGUACAGGCAAAGUGUAUGCUGUGAAAAUUAUUCCACACACGCGGGUCUCCAAACCUCACCAAAGGGAAAAGAUCGACAGAGAAAUUGAACUGCACAGAGCCCUUCACCACAAACACAUCGUCCAAUUUUACUACCACUUCGAGGACAAAGACAAUAUCUACAUCCUUCUCGAGCACUGCAGCAGACGAUCAUUGGCACAUAUUCUGAAAGCCCGCAAGGUGCUCACAGAACCAGAGGUUAGGUACUACCUAAGACAGAUCAUCUCGGGACUGAAGUACCUCCAUGAACAGGAAAUCCUCCACAGAGACCUUAAAUUAGGUAACUUCUUCAUUAAUGAGGCGAUGGAACUGAAGAUAGGGGACUUUGGCCUGGCAGCUAAGCUAGAACCGGUUGAAAACCGGAGAAGAACAAUAUGUGGAACCCCAAACUACCUGUCUCCUGAGGUCCUUAACAAGCAAGGCCAUGGCUGUGAAUCAGAUGUUUGGGCUCUUGGCUGUGUCAUGUACACAAUGCUGUUGGGCAGGCCGCCAUUUGAAACCACCAAUCUGAAAGAGACGUACCGGUGCAUAAGGGAAGCACGAUACACCAUGCCUUCUAUAUUGUCUCCACAGGCCAAGCACCUCAUUAGCAUCAUGCUUGCCAAGAGCCCCGAGGACAGGCCAAGUCUGGAUGAUAUCCUACACCAUGACUUCUUCAGCCAGGGUUUCACCCCAGACAGAUUGUCUGUCAGCUGCUGUCACACAGCUCCAGACCUCCAGCACACCAGCCCUGCCAAGAGCUUCUUCAAGAAGGCUGCAGCUGCUCUGUUUGGUGGCAAGAAGGAUAAAGCCAAGUACUUUGAAACACUAAAUAAACUGACAAAAGAGGAAGAGGACAUCCACAGACUGCGACAUGACCUCAGGAAGGCCUCAAUCAGCAAUCAGCCUUGCAGGCAAGCUCCUGAGGACAGUAAGCCACCGGUACCAUCUACUGGAAAGCCAAUCGUCGCUGCCAAGGAUGGAGGCAACAAGCAGCAGAUCCGUGACUCCAUCCGCAUGAUUGUCCGAGGCACGCUGGGAAGCUGCAGCAGCAGCAGUGAAUGCUUGGAAGAUAGCACGAUGGGUACUGUAGCAGACACUGUUGCCAGAGUACUCCGAGGCUGUCUGGAGAACAUGCCAGAAGCUAAUGACAUUUCAAAAGAGAGCCUGAACUGUAGCUUCCAAUGGGUGACUAAAUGGGUGGACUAUUCCAACAAGUAUGGCUUUGGUUACCAGCUGUCUGACCACACAGUCGGUGUCCUUUUCAACAACGGCACUCAUAUGAGCCUGCUGUCUAAUAAGAAGACGGUGCAUUACUAUGCAGAGCUGGGUCAGUGUACAGUCUUCUCCACCAGUGAGGCCCCAGAGCAGUUUGUCGGCCAGGUCACCAUCCUCAAAUACUUCGCACAUUAUAUGGAAGAGAAUCUUAUGGAUGGUGGUGAUUUGCCCAACGUGAUUGAUAUCAGUAAGCCAAGGCUAUAUCUCCUGCAGUGGCUCAAGUCAGAUCGUGCACUCAUGAUGCUCUUCAAUGAUGGCACCUUUCAGGUGAACUUCUACCACGACCACACCAAGAUCAUCUUGUGCAGUCAGAAUGAGGAGUACCUGCUGACGUACAUCAACGAGGAACGCGUGUCCACCACGCUACGCCUCAGCACACUACUCUGCUGUGGAUGCUCCUCGGACCUGCGGAGCCGCAUGGAGUACGCCCUCAACAUGCUGCUCCAGAGGUGCAACUGAACAUCAUGAAUCUGCAGGCUGAAGACCUUGUUCAUGGUUUAGCCACUUUUUUUUGAUGGACUUCAUGGACCUACAUUCACUGGAACUUCUGUUCUGUUGGCCAUGAGCCAAAUGCCCAAUUUACAUGAUUGUGGCAAUGGAUUUGAGGUACAAGAACUGGUCCUGUCCACAGGAACUGUUGAAUUAGGACUUGCAAAAACGAUGGAGAGCUGGGCUGGAACCAGAAAAGACCAUUAAAUGGACUUGAGUUUUAAAUAACAUAUUUGUGUUUGCUAUAUAAAUAUGCAGCAAUCUUGUUGCACUGAAGCUUAACAGCGAUGUUGGCAUUUGUUGUGGACAUUGAAGUGGCUUCAGUGGGGCAGGGUGAUGUUGUGUAGCUCUGUACAGAGCAGACCACUGUAAAACUGUGAAUACAUUCCACAACAGGACGGGGCUGCAUGGUGAAAUAUCUUUUAACCAAUGCCAUAGUUUGUGGGUGGCUCCAACCUCCCACCCUAUAAUCACUGUUUGGGGAAAGGAUAAGGAUCCAGGCCAUGUCUCUAAUGUUGACUGGAAAGAUAUACACUAGCGCGCCAUGGAUAUAACUUAUUUGUCAAAACCCGGUAUUUAUUUAUUUAAUAAAGACAAUUUUAAAAUGA